CAUUUCUGGUAAAUCUAAUUUUCCACUCUUUCGCGUAAAGACAAAUGUUAAUUCCGUAUUUUCUGAUAACCUUGAAGUUUACUUUGAAAAGACGUCGUAAACUAAAGCUCGGUGAAACAGUAGUAACCGUAAUAAUUACACAAGUGAAGUCAAGUGACUAUGACUGCGGUGAGACUCUGUCGCGAGGAAAUGCAUCCUUGGUUUUUUGUUUGUUGUAACAUUUUUUUCAACUGCAUUUUUCAGCUAUGUCACGGCAGUAGCCAAUGGGUGGCGGUAUAACAAAAUGUGGUAAUUGUGGCUCUUGUUCGUUUGACGAAGAAGUAAUUCACAUUCUGUGGUGCUCAUAGUCAAGAUGUAGUAAAUGAGUAGCUCACGGUUGUUUAGGUUGAAGCGGACCAAGACUGACAGCAGCAGGGAGUGACAGACAUACGAGGCUGAAUUCACAGGGUGCCAGUAUGACAUCUCCUGUUCGUGUCAUCGUGGUGGGAGCAGGAUGUCGAGGGGAGAUCUACUCCAAGUAUGCUUCCAUCCAUCCUGAACUCAUGAAGGUGGUGGGAGUUGCUGAUCCAAGAAAAUUUGCCUGUUCUAAACUUCAGCAGCAACACAGCAUUCCAGAUGAAAACGUUUUUGCUGAUUGGCUCAGUUUAGCUGAAAGGGAGAAGUUUGCAGAUGCUGUGUUGAUUUGUACUCCAGACUGCCUUCAUAAGGACCCCGCAGUGACAUUUGCUAGGAAAGGCUACCACAUCCUGCUGGAGAAACCAAUGGCAACAACUGUUGAAGACUGCAAGCUGAUUGUGGAGGCCUGUGUUCAAAGCAGGGUGAUUCUGUCAGUUGGUCAUGUUCUGCGAUAUGAUCCUCUCAUCCACAAGAUAAAGGAGCUCAUUGAAGCUGGAGCCAUAGGUGAUGUCAUCCAUAUUCAACACUUUGAACCAGUGGGGUUUUAUCACUUUGCUCACUCUUUCGUGCGAGGGAACUGGAGGAAUGAAGCUCAGAGUUCUUUUGCACUUUUGGCUAAAUCUUGCCAUGACAUCGACCUGAUACAUAACUGGGUUGGAGCUCGUAGGUGUGUGAAAGUUUCAUCCUUUGGAUCCCUCUCUCACUUCAGAAAUGAUAAAAAGCCACCAGGAGCAGCAGAUCGCUGCCUGGACUGUUCCAUAGAAAAUGACUGUCCAUAUUCUGCACGUAAAAUCUACCUGGCCAGAGUGAAGCAGGGACACACAGGCUGGCCAGUGUCUGUCAUCUGUAAAAACUCUUUGCCAGACAUCGAGUCAGUGACCGAGGCUUUGAAGACUGGGCCGUAUGGACGUUGUGUUUACGAGUGUGACAAUGAUGUCUGCAGUAAUCAGGUUGUUAACAUGGAGUUUGAAGGAGGCGUGACUGCAGCUUUUUCAAUGGUUGCCUUCACUAAGGAAAUGUGUCAGCGAAAAACCACCAUUUAUGGCAGCAUGGGGGAGCUAUCGUACAACGGACAUGAAGUGUCUGUGUUUGACUUUCUGACCCAGGUAUCAACGAAGCACACAGCGCCUAGUAAUGCACCCAGUUACUUUGGUUUGAGUGGACAUGGUGAAGCAGAUUACUACCUGAUAGAUGCAUUUAUAUCUGCAGUGGCAGAAGUGGAGGAGGAAGGCAGCAAGAGAAGAAGUGAACUGUUAAACACGGUGCAGUCUGCCUCUGCCAGUGACUCAACAGGAAAUGAUGGAGCCAGAUUUGAAAAGGUAAGAAGGAAAGGGUCACAGAGUGGGAGUGAGAGAUAGAGAGGGGUUGACUCUGUCAUGCUUCAGGAGUCUGGGCUUUGUUUUUGUGGAGACAUGAAAACAGAGAACAUACCAUGGUUUUACAUGGACGCCAGCCAUGAAAACACAGCUGGACUCAUCCCCCCCUAAAUCCUGCUGCUCAGCACCAUGCACUAAUGACACACACACACACACACACUCGUGUUGUCAAGCUCUUAAUGACUGAGUUUAAGUCAGUCUUCAGUCUGACAUCCAAGUGCAUUCCCAAGAUCCCACAAGCCCCUAGUUCUGGUUCAAGUCCUGAGUCCUCAUAAGUUGACUUUGAGUCCAGUCCAGUUGUUUACAUGUGAGUGACGUCCUGUUGGACAGUUUGCCUCUGAAUCUCCCAGUGUUUGAUAAUGUGUCUUGUCCAAUAUUCCCAGGGUUUCAGUCCACAGACCUCAUGUUUUAGUUUACCAUAAGUUCUGAUUCGUUUGAGUCUGAGGUUAGACAUAAAUUCUUAGUGUUUGAGUCUUGAAUUUGGACAUGUAUUCUCAGUCCUUGAGUCUGAUUUUAGAGUUUAGACAUAAUCCCUCAGUGAUUUACACCCGAGUGUAGAUAUAGUCUCUCAGUGUUUGAGUUUGAGUCCAGUCCAGAGACCUCAUUAUGUGACCUGAAAUAGUCAAGCACUAAACAGAGCACUGUAGUCACCUCUGUGUUGAGUCGUUUGUCCAAUAGAAAUAGUGUUUGAUUUAGUGAGAUAAGUCACAAGUCCAGGAUGAAAUGUUUGUUUUAGAAUUUGUUUAGUCUUUGUCACAAAUUGACUCAAAAGCUGAACAGCCAGUAACCAAACAACAAAGUUAUUUUCCUGGACCUGCUGAGCUGCGGAGAAAUCAGUCCAUAUACUGUGAAUCUAUUCAGAUCGACUUUGACCCCUGAAAGGGGUUGUGAAAAAAGUUAAUAUUGACAUUGUGCUUUUUGUAUAACCAUUCUAAAGGAAAACUGUUACUCAGUAUGACCAGGUCAUGAUGAGCAAACGUGUCAUUGUCAACAACACUGACGACGUGGGCAGGAAACAUCAAGUCCAAUGUCCUUAUUCAGUUCACCUAACUUCAUUUCAACUGAAAAUCUUGAUGAACUUAAACCAAACAACAAUAUAAAUGGUGUCCUGCUGGGACGGCUCCUCACUGAGGCCUUAAACUUCAGCUCAGGAAAUUACCCAGGCUCAUCCUGGGUAAAGAAUGUUCUUUUUAUGCCUGCCAUUUGCUGAAGCUGUCACCAUGAAAUCCAAUGUCACAGACGUUAAAUCACACAGAUCUUUGCAUUUGUUCUUGUCACUUUCUUCCUGCUGCCUUGAUUUAAUCUUUUCUUUCACCGUGGGAAAUACAUGAAACAGCUUAACUUUGCUGUCUUGUAUAAUAGUCAGAUCAGGACUUUUUUUUCAGGACUGUCCAGUUGUGUUUGUUCAUCAUCUUCAAAGAAGUACGUAUAGUGUUAUACAACAGUUUGGAAACGGUGUGUUUCUCUGGGCCUCUGAUCCAUCCAACAAUCAAAUCCUGCACCAACAUCAUUCUUCAGCUCUUCUUCCUGGUGGAUUUGGGUUCUAUGGGGAUAACUGAGCUGUCUUCUCACAGGAUGAGGUCAAAGGCUGUGGUGCAGGGCCCACUCAGACAUUUGAGGAGACCGAUUCCUUCCUGACGCCUCCGACUCGUCAGCCCAAAACCGCAAAACCACUAAAUUAAAGAGAUUAAACAACGUCUGUGUUUUAUACAUCACACAUAAAUCUGCAGACAGCAGCGGCGACAUGGUCUGUGUGAAUGGUACAAAACUUAACAGAACAUAACAUUUAUGAACCUGCUUCCCCCUGUUACUAAAACACAUCCUCUGUUUGGCUUUUGACUUUAAAAUGAAUAUGUCAAACAUGACUGCUCCAUGUCAGCACAGAGGAAGUGGUGGGUGGUAACAGGGAGGCAAAGAAACAGUUGGACCCAAGAAUUUUACAGUAAUUCCCCAAAGGAUUUUUCACUGCAACUUUAGUCCAUAUUUCAAUGGCAGCACCUCUCAGUAGAUCACAACUGAUACCAGCAGAAGACAAUAGCCUUUUCCUGAAUUGUACAUUUUAAACUGUACGUCUGAAAUGUCUGAAUUAUUUUUUUCCAUUUCAUCCCAUGGAUGACAGUUUUGUGUUUACCGGAUUGUGAAUCUCAAACAUGGACAUUGGAUGGUGACUUUAAAAGCACUCAUGAGUUUGUCUGUCUGCUCCGUAACACUGCUCUAAUUACUAUUACAUGUUUGUACACAGCUGGUUCUUCUAUAAGUGAAUUCCCCGUGUCACCAUGUCAGCACAUCAACCUACACAGAUGUAUUUACCAUAGAACACAUAUGUUAACACCUACUUAAUUUAUUUUAGAUUCCAGCUGGAGAUGCUGUUAAAUGGCUGGUGGGCAAACAUCUAUCUUCUGAUUUAUUUGUAGGCAGAUGUAAAAUAGUUUGGCACCUUUUUCACCUGAAG